AUGGAAAAUCGCACUGAACCACAGGUAUAUAUUAGGUUGUCUGAAAGUUCAAAAAUUGACGUUUCUUCGAAUAUUAACAUACCUUCAAUAGAAAGGAUAAAUCCUGCCAUGCAACUUACACCUGAUAAGAAAGAUAUCCCAACAACAGUGCUACAUUCGUCUUCUCCUUCUUCUCCCUCAAAGCUUUGUCUUCCUAAUCCAGCUUCCUCUAAUAGUUCAGAUAAUAUAACCACAGAUACGAAUUCCUAUGCAACUACAAAUAAUAGCGUCACUACAUCACAACCUGAAGUCACAUAUCGGGUAGGUGUAGCAGAAAACAAAAAUUCGAAAUUUCGUAGAUCUAUGGAAGAUAUUCAUACCUAUGUUAAAAAUUUUGCUUCACGAUUAGAUUGGGGCUAUUUUGCCAUAUUUGAUGGCCAUGCCGGUGCACAAGCAUCCAAAUGGUGUGGAUCUCAUUUACAUACAAUAAUUGAACAAAAACUUAUGGAAAAUGAAACAAGAGAUGUUAGAGAUGUGUUGAAUGAUUCAUUCGUUACCAUCGAUAAACAAAUUAAUUCUGAUCUUCAUGGUAACAGUGGUUGUACCGCAGCCGUCUGUAUCCUACGUUGGGAAGUGCCAGAUAAUUUGUCUAGUGAAGAUAUUUCAAAUUUACAACAAUAUAAAAGAAGAUUGUAUACAGCCAACGUAGGAGAUUCACGAAUAGUGCUAUAUAGAAAUGAUUGUAGUAUUAGGCUUACCUAUGAUCACAAAGCAUCAGAUAUCUUAGAAAUGCAAAGAGUAGAACAUGCUGGUGGGUUGAUAAUGAAGAGUAGAGUUAAUGGGAUGUUAGCAGUAACGAGGUCAUUAGGUGACAAGUUUUUUGAUAAUUUAGUAAUUGGUAACCCAUUUACAACUAGUGUAGAGAUAACAAAAGAUGAUCAUUUCUUAAUUUUAGCAUGUGAUGGACUAUGGGAUAUUAUCGAAGACCAAGAUGCUUGUGAACUGAUCAAAGAUAUCGAUGAUCCCAAUGAAGCAGCUAAACUUUUAGUCAAAUAUGCACUGGAACAUGGCACCACAGAUAAUGUAACAGUAAUGGUAGUAAGACUUUGA